ACCCUCUAUGUCUGGUGACGAUAUUGGAAUUUACCUUAAGUGGUUAUUAUAAUAAUAGUCGGUGAUAGAAUUACAUGGGUGCACUCCUGCCAUUGGCUGAUUCGGUCGUGUGCUCCUAAUGCACAAAAGUAAAUACAAACUUGAUCUCAGCACUGACUAGGAUGCUGACGCUUAUUUCUACAAUGGGAAGAACAUCUUCAUUGUUCCAACUGCUCUUGAUUCUCUUCAGUUGUGUGCCUGUACAAUCAGAAGGUUGCAAUGUUGGUUGGUUUGGGUGCAAAUGUCAAUAUCAAUGUCAUUGUAAGAAUAACAUGGCAUGUGAUGUCAAUGGUGAGUGUGUAACAGGAUGUGACAUUGAUUGGUUUGGUACUGCAUGUCAAUAUGCCAACCUAGCAACAUUACCGGAAGUCAAUGUUACCAUAGCACCAAGACAGACAACAACAUGGCUGACAGAUGGAGAUGAUACAACGUGCAACGAAGAUGGAAAUAUUACAUCAAUACACAUUUCUUGGAGCACAUCUUACCCAUUUACUUGGUUAAGGAUGAAAGUCAAAAAUACUUCAUUAAAAUUUAAAAAUGUCAACUUGACAUUCUUAACGAGCCAGAAAGAGACGCCCACUUGUAUCAACAAACAAGUUUCAUUCAUUGAUAGCACUAGAAUAGACUACAGAUGUGAAAUGACUGAAACAAUAAUUCAACUAAGGCUGACGGGACCUGCUCUUAAAUCACUGUGUUCUCUCUACAUCAGUGGAGGGCGUAAUGUUGCCUUACAUCAAUCAGCUGACCAGACAAGUACGUACAAUGAGGGAAAUAUCUAUUUUACUGCAUCACUAGCGGUGGAUGGGAAUACUACUUGUAAUAUAAACGAUAAUAGCAUAUCACAUACUUUACUAGAACCCAAACCAAGCUGGAGUCUCAGACUGGAUACACCCAAAGUGGUCAACAGAUUUGUCAUUUACAACAGAGUUGACUGCUGUAUGAAUCGUUUGAAAAACUUUAUUCUGACGACAUUUGAUAUCAACAACAAGACUUUAUUGACUUAUCAAGAUCUAAGCCCUGAAGCAGCUGAUAUCUACACAUUUCCAGUAAGACCGCACUAUCCAGUCUCUAGGAUAGGAAUCAUUCCUACCGAUAGAGACCAAAAAUGGGAUGGAGAUAAAUUUAUUGUUACGAUAUGUGAAAUUUUCAUGUUUGGAGAAUGUAUGCCAGGAGUCUGGGAUCUUGACUGCAGACACAAAUGUCCUGAAGAAUGCCCUAGUUGGUGCCAACAGGACACUGGAAAAUGUCUAUCAUGUUUGGGACACAGUGACCCACCCCGAUGUAAUACAGUCUGUGCUUCAGGGACUUAUGGCAUUAACUGUCAACAGAAUUGCAGUGACAAUUGUUACAACAAUUCAUGUAACAGUGUAACUGGUGAAUGUGACAAAGGACGUAAUGGGUACAAAUGUCAGUUUUCUUCAAGGGCUGCUGACAUUAAUCUUAGAGAUUAA